GACACUGAUACUUGGAACUCCCACUUGGCAAAGUGAAAGAAGAACAGACUGGCACAGACUGCUACCAGUGCCUGCAUUACAUCAGGGCAAUCUGUUCGAUAACAGUUAACGGUCGCGGGAUUUAAUUAAGCACAAUGGCAAGCAAUAUUCCAUCAGAAGAUGGCGCCACCACGAGUCCUUCCCGCUGUGAGAUAUGUCUCUGCAACCCAGAAACACCCAAGGUUCUCCCCUGCCUCCACUCCUUCUGUCUACAUUGUCUACAGUCCCACACUCAGUUGACAGACCCCCCUACCGAGCCCCAGAGGUUCAGCUGCCCAUGCUGUGGUAUGUGUAUUGAGGCCCCUGGGGGGAGUCUGGAAGAUUUUCCCACACAAUCCUGGCUAAGUGAGGUGGAGGCUAAAGUUGAGAAAACAACUGCUGCUGCUAUAGAAGUGAAGUUGUGCUUCAUUUGCUCUGUCUUAAAAAAGUCAGCACCAGCCGACUAUCAAUGCAUGACCUGCAGUGAAUUUCUUUGCUCCAUUUGCAAACAGGAACACGGUCGUGUGAAAAUCACUGCUUCUCAUCAGCUUUGUACUCUAAGCAGGAACCAUGGAAGUUGCUCCCUACAUGAUGAACAGGCAUUAAAAUACUACUGCACAACGUGCGCCAUCUAUAUCUGUAUGGUCUGCCUGAUGACGUCACACAAAUCCUGCGAAGUCACCGAUGCCAAAGUCGUCGCUGACAAAGAAAAAACAUGGCUGCAACAGCUACAACAGAAAUACCACCAGGGGGCAGAGGAACUUCAAGACAAGAUCAGAGUCCAUGAUGCCCAGUCAAAAAGUGCUGAAGAGAAACUGAAAGCCAUUAACACGGCUCGGGACCAUCUUCGUGCAAGACGAGGGAGCUAUUUGAAAAUAGAUCUUGCGUGUCAAAAGCUCCUCUCCAGCUGUCCAUCACUGAGUGAUUUAAGGUCAAUCUCUGAUAGCUUAGCUGAGGGUAUCAAGGUGUUUGAGUCUGGGGUGGCAACUACUGAAAAUCUGGCUGGUUCUCAGAACAUCAUGUCAGCUUCUUCUCAUCUUUCUUUUGAUAACAGCACAACCAAACAGGGUAGUAACAUCAUGAAACCCAAACUUAAGUUCACCAGGGUUAUAAGUAUUGGUUCCCCCCUGAAUGGCCCCUCCAGUGUCAGCCCUGGCACAUCUGACGGUUAUUUUGCUGUCACAGAUACCUCUGAGGCUGGCAGUGUGUUUUUCUUUGAUUAUUCAGGCAAUGUUCAGAAUGUGUUCUCUGAGAUCUACUAUGAGGGCUGCAGAUACCAACUAGUGACCCAGUGUAAGGUAUUUUAUGAUGAUUCUUUUAAAAUGCUGUACAAGGUAAAGGAUAGACAUCCUAUCCCACCUGAUUCAUACAAUGAACAAGAACGUGCCUAUAUUUAUGCAUCUUAUAGUCCCCGCAGCUCAAAGAUGUCUAAAGAAAUAGUAUCAAACAUCUUUUUUGAGCCCAGUGCAAUCACUUUGGGAGACAAUCUUAUGUUUGUAUUGUCCAGCAAAUCUUCAUUCUUAGCAGUUGAUUAUGAGCAUGAUUAUGAUUAUGAUAAUGAUGAUGAUAAUGAUGAUAAUGAUGAU